CAAAGAAAUGGGUGGAGGAGGCCUAACCGAUCAGAGCCAAUGCCUUCCUCUACACACACGGGCGCUACUGCAUCACACCAGCGCAAACCGAGUAUUUGCAGUUGUCUACUUGUGUGCCAUCUUAGCUCUGCUGUAUCAUCACUUCCUUGCUCUACUUCACACCACCACCGUAGUCUCCCUCCUCUUUCUUCUAGCUGAUGCAGUGCUGGCUUUCAUGUGGACAACCGCACAGGCCUUUCGGAUGUGUCCAACCCAACGUCAGGUUUUCAUCGAACACCUUCAACAUGUUGCCAAGGAGAGUGAUUACCCGGCACUGGAUGUGUUUAUCUGCACUGCUGAUCCAUACAAGGAGCCACCUAUAAGUGUGGUGAACACUGCUCUAUCUGUGAUGGCGUAUGAUUAUCCAACAGAGAAAUUGUCAGUAUAUGUAUCAGAUGAUGGAGGUUCGCAGCUGACCCUCUUUGCUUUCAUGGAGGCUGCUAGGUUUGCAACCCACUGGCUACCUUACUGCAGGAAGAACAAGAUUGUAGAGAGGUCUCCAGAGGCCUAUUUUGAAUCAAACCCCUCAUCGUGGUUCCCUGAGGCUGAUCAAAUUAAGCUGAUGUACGAGAACAUGAGAGUUAGGGUGGAGACUGCGGUUAAGAGUGGGAUAAUUAGCCAUGAUUAUAUCAAUAGCAAGCAGGAAUUGGAAGCUUUCAGCAGAUGGACUGAUGGAUUUACAUCUCAGAAUCAUCCUGCAGUGAUUCAGGUUUUGUUGGAGUGUGGUAAAGAUGAGGAUGUCAUGGGCCAUACGAUGCCCAACCUUGUUUAUGUAUCCAGAGGGAAAAGCAUCAAUUUGCCCCACAAUUUCAAGGCUGGUGCUCUUAAUGCCCUGCUUCGUGUAUCAGCCACCAUGACUAAUGCACCAGUGAUCCUGACCCUAGAUGGCGACAUGUACUCCAAUGAUCCACAGACACCUCUUCGUGCGCUGUGUUAUCUCUUAGACCCUUCUAUGGAUCCAAAACUUGCUUAUGUUCAGUUUCCUCAGAUCUUCUAUGGGAUCAACAAGAAUGAUAUUUAUGGUGGUGAAGCCAGGCAUGUAUAUCAAAUUCAUCCCACGGGAAUGGAUGGACUGAAAGGCCCUAUACAUCUAGGUACAGGAGGUUUUUUCCGGCGGAAAGUCUUCUUUGGGGGCCCAUCAGAAACCUUUGAAUUGAAGCAGGAUCACCUAGGGAGCAAGUCAAUCAAGUCCAGGGAAAUUUUAGCAUCGGCGCAUCAUGUUGCAGACUGCAAUUUUGAGAGCCAGAGCCAGAGCCAAUGGGGCACCAAGAUGGGCUUUAGGUAUGGAUCACUGGUUGAGGACAUGUACACUAGCUAUAUGCUUCAAUGUGAGGGAUGGAAGUCCAUUUUUUGCCAUCCCAAAAGGCCUGCAUUUCUGGGAAAUUCACCCACCAACUUCCAUGACUUUCUGAAUCAAACCAGGCGAUAUUCAAUUGGCCUUCUUGAAGUGGCCUUCUGCAAAUAUAGCCCAAUCACAUAUGGCACCCUCACCAUAAACCUUCUCAGUGGCCUAUGUUUUGCUUACUAUUCCUUCUGGCCCAUUUGGUCAAUUCCCAUUACGAUCUAUGCCUUUCUCCCCCAGCUUGCUCUGCUUAACUAUGUCUCGAUCUUCCCAAAGAUGUCAGAUCCCUGGUUUUUUGUGUAUACAUUCUGUUUUCUUGGAGCUUAUGGGCAAGAUCAUCUCGAGUUAAUAUUAUCUGGGGGGACAACUCAAAGGUGGUGGAACCUUCAGAGAGUAUGGAUGACGAGGGGGCUCUCGAGUUUCUCAAUUGGGUCGGUUGAAUACAUCCUCAAGUCCAUUGGCAUUUCCACAUUCGGAUUCAAUGUGACAAGCAAGGCGGUGGAAGAGGAACAAAGCAAGCGAUACAAGAAAGGGAUGUUUGAGUUUGGAGUCGCAUCACCCUUGUUCUUGCCACUAACAACAGCAGCAAUAAUCAACUUGGUCUCAUUCCUAUGGGGCAUUGCACAAAUCUUCAGGCAAGGAAGAAUUGAAGAUCUACUUCUGCAGAUUUUGUUAGUUGGUUUUGCAAUGGUGAACUGUUGGCCCAUAUAUGAAGCCAUGGUGUUGAGGGCUGAUGAAGGAAAGAUGCCAGUGAAGAUCACAUUGAUCUCAAUUGUCCUAGCAUGGGCUCUUUACUUGGCAUCUUCCAUAGCAUUUUAAGAUAUGGUGACUCUAAAUUUUCCCUCAGAUGUUGCUUUAAUCAUUUCCUAGGCACCAGAACGUAUGCUUAAAGAUCUUGUUUUAAGACCAAUAAUAGCUCGGUAAUUCAAAUAUCAAAACGAAAGUCAUUUAAUAAAUGAAGCUUUCUGUCA